AGAGCGUGAGAGAGCCUUUUUCCGCGUAUGGAAACACACGAAGUAGAAAUGACCGGGGGUAAACAUGGCGUCUGCCUUGGACGAUGAUGAGAUCUGCAAUGAUGAUUUCUAUUCCCUUCUUAAUGUCCGCAGAGAGGCAACCCAGGAGGAGCUGAAAGCAGCAUACCGGCGCUUGUGCAUGCUGUAUCAUCCAGACAAACAUCGCGAUCCUGAGCUAAAGAGACAGGCCGAAACGCUUUUUAACCUUGUACAUGAAGCUUAUGAAGUACUUAGUGACCCACAAGCACGAGCAAUCUAUGAUAUCUAUGGGAAGCGAGGGCUCGAUGUCGAAGGAUGGGAGGUGGUGGAGAGGAAAAGAAGCCCUGCCGAGAUUCGGGAGGAGUAUGAGCGCCUUCAGAGGGAGCGAGAGGACAGACGGCUUCAGCAACGGACCAAUCCAAAGGGAACGAUAAGUGUGGGCAUUGAUGCCACAGACCUCUUUGACCGGUAUGAAGAGGACUUUGAGGAUAUGGUUGGAGGCAUCCCACAUGUAGAGAUCAACAGGAUGCAAAUAUCACAGUCUAUAGAGGCUCCACUCACUACAAAGGACACAGCUAUUUUAUCUGGCUCUUUGUCCACCCACAAUGGGAACGGAGGCGGCACCAUUAACUUGGCUUUAAGAAGAGUCACCUCAGCUAAAGGGUGGGGUGAGGUAGAGUUGGGAGCCGGAGACACUCAUGGACCCCUCUUUGGAAUGAAGAUAUUUCGCAACUUAACACCUCGAUGUUUUGUAACAGCUCAGUGUGGGCUGCAGUUUUCUUCACGAGGUGUUCGGCCUGGGGUGACCACGGUGCUCGCUCGCCACCUCGACAAGAACACAAUGGGCUAUCUGCAGUGGCGCUGGGGAGUUAACUCCUCUAUGAACACCAGCAUAGUGAGGGACACAAAGAGCAGCCAUUUUACCCUCGCAGUCCAGCUUGGCAUUCCUCACACCUUUAUGAUGAUGAGCUACCAGUACAAGUUUCAGGAUGAAGACCAGACAAAGAUUAAAGGCUCAGUAAAAUCAGGUUUCUUUGGGACUGUGGUGGAGUACGGCGCUGAGAGGAAGAUCAGUCGACACAGUGUGGUCGGGGCCACCGUCAGCGUCGGGGUGCCGCAGGGUGUCUCCCUCAAGAUCAAACUAAACAGAGCCAGCCAGACGUAUUUCUUCCCUAUUCACCUCACUGACCAACUGCUGCCAAGUGCGGUGUUCUACGCCACAGUUGGACCUCUGGUUUUCUACCUCGCCAUGCAGCAGCUUAUCAUUCGACCCUACAUGCGGGCCCAAAAGGAGCAGGAGUUGGAGAAGCAGAGAGAGAGCUCAGCCUCUAAUAUAGCCAAGAAGAAACAGGAAGCAGAGGCUGCUGUUUUGCUCAUGCAGGAGUCUGUCCGCAGGAUCAUUGAAGCAGAGGAGUCUAGAAUGGGUCUCAUCAUCCUCAACGCUUGGUACGGCAAAUUUGUGACUGACAAUAGCAGAAAGCAUGAGAGGGCGAAGGUCAUCGAUGUGACCGUGCCACUUCAGUGUCUGGUGAAAGACUCCAAACUCAUUCUCACUGAGGCUGCAAAGUCAGGGCUCCCUGGCUUCUACGACCCCUGUGUGGGAGAAGAGAAAAGCCUGAAGGUGCUGUAUCAGUUCCGCGGAGUCAUGCAUCAAGUCCUGUCAGGAGACACGGAACCACUCAGGAUACCAAAGCAAUCUCACAGGAUUGAUACAGACACAUAGGAGUGCUUGUUCUGACCAAAAAAGGACUCAACUCUAGACUGUUGGACAGAAGAUGGAGAGACCUAUGUUUUAGAUUCGACUUUGAAAUCAAUCUUUGUUACAGAGAAAUUAUUAAUUUACCUGUUUGUUUUUUUUGUUUUCAAACCAGGAUGCAUAGACAGAGUCUUGGCCUGCUAAUGUGACAAAAAUCAGCUGCUGUCAUCUUAAAUCUGGGAUCUGCUCUCUGCAUCAGUUUGUUUUUGGGAAAGGCUGGUAAUUUUAGACAGAGUUCUAUGUACUGUAUUAAACAUAAACUGCAGUGCCUGUUGGAUUGAGGACAUGAAAGUAUCUCUGUUUAUUUGCCAUAUUAAAAUCUCUCCCUCUCA